CGCGAGGCGUCGCCGCGUUAGCGCGUGGUGUUGUCUCCUGCUCUCGCGGAGAGCGUCCGUCGGCCACACGGCACCACGCCGCACCAGCGUACGCCAGAUAUUCUUCGGACGCUUCGGAUUAGUGAAAGGUUUCCCUGGCCACCAUGGCUGACAUGUUGGUGGAUUAUGUGGUGUUUGUUGUGUUCAUCUUGGUCUCCGUGUCUGUGCCAUUGUACAGGAACCUCAUGGAAGGCAAGGAACGCACUAAAGCUGCCUAUGUGUUUGCUGCAGGCAGUAGCGUUUCUAUGUUCGCUAUGAUGCUGUCAAUUGCUAGAGGCAUGCUCGGAGUAAAAGCCUUUCUAGGUUAUCCAUCUGAGCUUUAUUACAGAGGAAGUGCUAUGUGGGAAACACUGUAUGGUAUAAUAGCUGCAUACCCAAUAGUUUGUUUUGUGUUUGUUCCUGUCUACUUUAAUCUUGGAAUCACAUCAGUCUAUCAGUACCUGGAUCUCAGAUUUAAAUCAAAACUAGUCCGCCGCUUGGCAAGUCUGACCUAUCUGAUCCGUGGUGUCCUAAACAUGGGAGUUACAGUGUUCACGCCAUGUGUUGCACUGAAAACUGUAGUAGGGAUGCCAUAUUGGGCAUCUAUAAUUUCUAUAACGACAAUCAGUGUGGUAUUCACAUUAUUGGGUGGACUAAAAUCUGCAAUACAUGUUGAUAUGAUUCAAGGCUUGGUGACUAUUGCAUGCAGUGUGACUAUAAUAAUUAAGGGAGCACUAGAUGUACCAGGAGGUGUAGCAGAUGUAUUCAAGAUACCAAGUGAACAAGGAAGAUUGCAGUUUUUUGACUUUGAUCUUGACCCUACAAUCCGUGUUGCAACACUAUCAGCUGUGUUUGGUCAACUUUUCAUGUCACUGUCAAUAUUUGGCUGCCAACAAAAUUUUGUGCAAAGAUAUAUCAGUAUGGGAUCUGUUCGUGAAGUUACUAAAACACUCAUGACAAAUAUACCUGUCAUCACAGUAUUGUUUAGUUUGUCUUGGGUAGUUGGCAUGGUCAUUUUUGCCAAUUAUGUUAACUGUGACCCACUCUCUUUGGGCUACAUCAGCAAGAUAGAUGAAAUAGUGCCAUUCUUUGUGGAGGACAAGUUUUCCUUUUUGCCUGGAUUUCUGGGACUUGUCAUGGGAUCUCUCUUCAAUGGCGCUCUGAGCAUCGCUGUAUCAAACAUAAAUUCAAUGGCCACAGUGAUGUUUGAAGACUUCUUCUGUCAGAUUCCAAGCAUCAAGUUGCUUUCAGACAAGAAGCAAGUGUAUUUCAUAAAAGGAAUAGGUAUUUUUCUUGGAGCCAUUAUCACAGGAAUUGCAUUCCUUGUUGCAAUGUCAUCCGGAGUCAUUGAGUCUUCAAUGCUUAUGACAUCUGCAACAAGUGGACCUCUCCUUGGAGUAUUUGUAUUAGCAAUGCUGUUCCCGUGCUGCAACUGGAAGGGGGCAGCCUUAGGUAUGAUUGUAAGCCAUGCUGUUACUUUAUGGAUCACAUUCGGCAGAAUGACUGUUGACCAAGGACCAAUUGCUCUGUUACCACUUUCUACAGAAGGUUGUACAAACACGUCAUAUGCUGAUCUGGCACCAGCAAACCCAAUAAUUUCAUAUGCACUGAGUGUUGAAGAAUUAAUGAGUAGAUUAAACAUCUCAGGCAAGCUACCAGAGUACCUACUGAACUCCACAGAGGAAGUAGUUGAUGCACUUGAUGGAGAUGCAGACAAUUUUCUGGAAGAGUUGUACGCAAUCACCUACAUGUAUUAUUCCUUAAUUGGUUGUGGCCUCACAGUACUCCUUGGAGUUGUUGGUAGCUACAUUACAGGUACAUCUGAUGACUGCAUAUAUGAUGAAAAAUUAAUUCAUCCACUUGCACUGAAGAUAAGUAAAAUGUUUCCUGGUCCACCAAGGAAGUAUACUGUAGUAAAGGUUGUUGAAAAACAGACUGAAGAUAAAGCAUCAGCUAUGGGAAAAGUUCCUAGUGAAAAUGGAAUUGUUAAGACUGAGAAAUAUCCAGAUGACAGUGCUACAGGAAUUCCUGAAGCUACAACAAGUGAAAGUACGAUGGAGAAGUCACCUACUACUGAUGGAGAAUGUCCUGUUAGUUAUGUCUAGAAGAUGUGACUGAAAAAAUAAUUCAUUCCUGACUAUUUAAAGUGAAAAGUACUUAUACUGUGUUGCUGUAGAUGUUCCUAAGAAAUGCACAUCAUUUAUUUUUAUAUUUAAAGACAGUGAGAGGGGUAUGGGGGGCAGGAAGAGAGAGAGAGAGAGAGAGAGAGAGGGAGACAGAGAGAGAGAGAGAGAGAGAGAGAGAGAGAAUAUGUGUGGUUGCACGCUUGUGUGCAUGAAUGCAUGCAUGCAUGUCUGUAGGUACAUGUUCCAGGUGGAAGGAUGAACUGAGAGAGUAAAUGAAAGAGUUAUUGCUUUCUAGAAGUUUCAGACAAGAGUCUUGUCACAGACCUUCAGAAUUUGCCUAAAAAUUCUGGUGAGACUGAAGCUGUACAAAGUAUGACGUGAACUUGUGUAUUCCUUUUUUGUCUCAUCUGAUUUGGUUAUUAAGUGAAAGAACAUCUUUCCAAGUUUGUUAUUAAAUAUUUUGAUAAUUCAUGUGUUGUUUACAUGAACAAUCUUUACAAAAUGAGUGUGUUUGUUCAUCUGUUUUUUUUUCUUUAAAUAUGUAUAGAAGUUGUAUGUAAAUGCAUUUCAUUUUGUGAGGAUAUCAUAUUUACAUGGAAUGUAAUGUUCUUAUCCCACUGUUAAAAGUUGGUGCUAUUGGAGACGUUAUAGCCUCCAAACUAUAUGAAAUGUGAGCAAUAAAACAAUAACAGUAUUUAUGUAAAACCAAUAUUUAGUUUUUAUAAG